CUAAAUAUUUAUAUUGCCAGCGAUUAUAAUUUGAAACUAUGUAUGAAUUUCCAGUCUAACAAUAAAAACUCCAGCUUAGAUUAUAGUCAUGAAAUUUCUAGACGGUUUUUUUUUUUCGAACACAAAUUAAAAUUAUCGACCAUUUGUUAUUUUAAGUUCUCCUGCUACAUGACAUUACUUGUUAUUAUUGUAUUGGACUUAUUUAUUGUUAUAAGUCCAUCUCUUAUUAUCCGUAUUUCUUAGUUAUUCUACUGAUUCUCGUGGGCGCGUUGAGUAGUGUGCACGUGCAAUUUAUGCACGAGAAGCUGUUGAAAUUGAGUUUUUCUUUAACGACAUAUUCUGUGUUAUUGAUUUUCUUGGAAUUUCAGCUGCUUGGUCACCUUGGGGUCAGUGGUCUUCGUGUAAGGACUUGGGGGGAAAGUGUGACUCCAAUCGAAUCCACAGCCGGUCUCGAGACUGUAGGACCGAGUUCGGUCGAGGAAUGCGGUUGCAUAGCAACGAUCCGUGCAAGCGACAAGGCAGCUACGAGAUUGAGAUAUUAGAUUGCGUGUGUUUUCCAACUCCACCGUCCAGCUCUUUCUCGCCCUCAACAAGACCAUCUUUAGCCUCGUCGGAAAGUGUGUCUGAUUCUACAAAUGUGACGACAGACGAGGCUGAAUCAUGGACAGUACAAAGCGAAAUUAUUAGUGACGCAACAACAGAUCCUUCUGCUGGACCUUGCGGUCUUUGUCAACACGAUGCAAUCUGUUUAUUCUCCGUCGGAGCUCUGACCCCUCAGUGCGUGACCCCAGUGGAUCUCCAGGACCCCAGAGGGUGUGGUGGGUGGUGCGCUGGUCCUCAAGAGCUCUGUCGUCAGUUGAAUGACCACUUAUACCAAUGUGUGGAUAUUUCUGAAUGCCACUCUGGAGAGUGGCGCUGCGGAGACGGGUUGUGUAUUCCAGCUAAACGGAGAUGUGAUGGUCACUUCAACUGUUAUGACAUGAGUGAUGAAGCUGACUGUGCUUGCAAAGAAGACGAGUUCCACUGUGGAAACGACACCUCCUGUCUGCCAAUCUCCCGCAAGUGUAAUGGUUAUAUAGAUUGUUGGGACGGAAGUGAUGAAAUCAACUGUACCACAAUGUGUCCCAGCUCCCAGUUUACAUGUAAUAAUGGCCAAUGCAUUCCGAAUGACUACUUUUGCGACAGUUACGACGACUGUGACGACAAAAGUGACGAGCCGGAACAGUGUCGUGCGCCAUGUUUAACCCAUCAAAAACAGUGUCACAAUGGCCGUUGUAUCAGCCGUGACGCUUGGUGUGAUGGUGUGGACACGUGUGGAGAUAACAGUGAUGAACGAUACUGUCCAUUAAGUACCACAAAGAUGGCGGAAAUGUAGAUGGACAAAAGAAUGUAUGGAUUUCGUAUGGUAUGAAAUGGGAGAAAUCUCGGAUCUUCUCGUCAAGAACUGUCAAUUUUGAAUUAUUGUCAAAUAGCCAGAUGAGUGUAGUAAGCUCUAACCUGCACUUUGAAAAGGACCUUAUUCGUUAUUAAAGUUGCCAGAAUUGUGAAAACGGAAGUUCAACCAUGUGGCAAACCCGCUUAUGGUGACGAUCAGUCUAAUUCGCUGACCUAACUUGUGUUUCAUGAGACGAGAAGUUAAAUGAUAAAAGUUUCCGUCCUUAUGAGAUCAAAUGCUUUCUGUUUAUUUAAUAAUGUAUAAAUGAGAAGGUAUUUGUAACAGUGUUUAUUUCUUUAUCUAUCCUUUGAGGAAAAUCAAAUAGUAUCUUUACUGUGUUAGAGAAGUACUUCCAAUAUAUAUAUGUGGUUUAAAAGAAUAGCUGUAAUUAAUACCAAAGAGAUUCUUGAAACUUUAAAAUGCACGUAUUAAAUGUGUUUAGUAGUUGCGCAAAUUCUUCUUUUGUUUCGUCUUAUCUUGUGAUAAAGCACUGCUAAUGGAUAAUUCUUUGAAAGAUAAUUGACUGUCCUUUUCACAUCAUACUGGUAUUUUAUAAGUUUUUAUUGUUACCUUAAUAUUACGUGUUUUAUUAAAAGUGUUCAGUUUUAUUAUAAUUCAGUUACAAAUAUCACGAAAAAACAAACAAACAUGCUGUGUGUGAGCGUUAUGGAAAGUUAUUUUUAAGCGACAAAACCUAAGCCUAAAGAGGAAGGUGUGUGUGUGAAUACGAUAUUGAAGGUUUAAGCAAGAAAUCCAAAAAAGUGAGAAAGCUUUAGAACACAUUUAUGAGAUUGUUAUUAGUUUGAAGAUAUAGAUAUCUACAUGAUCCUCAUCCUAAUGAAACGUCACAGUUAUUUUCCCAAAUAUCUAUAAUUCAAGACUAUAUUAAAAUAAUUUAAAACUCUACAGAUAAAAAUUAUACACAUUUUCAAAACUCGGAAGAAAAAAGUAAAUGAGAGAAGACUGGCUACGUAACUUAGAAUAAACGCACAGUAAUUUAAUACGACUCUCACACAAUUUAAAAUAACAGUUUAAAUUUGUCGAAAUGCUCUUCAUCAUAGGGACCCAGUUGCAGGCACGUUUUAGCCAAUGAUUUUAUGGGAAUUUUGUAUUUCUUAUAUUGCUGGAACAAUUUAUUAUAUCAUCAUUUUAAGGAUGCGCACAUGUUACGAUAAUUGAGUGACUUUAUUAACAUAUGAUGAAUUAAUUAUGCUUCUGAAUACAUUUAAAAAUUAAAAAAAGGAAUUUGUCAUUCAAUUUAUUCGUUACAACGGAAUAUUGGUGGUGCCAUCUAGUGAUCAAACUAUGAAAUUAUUUAUGUUUAAAAGAUAAAGAUAAAAACUUAAAAUUCUAGAAUUCUCAUAUGUCAAUUUUCCCAAAGUGUCAAAGCCACUGUAUCGUUUUUCUUUAAAUACCCCAAUUUCAGAAA